UUGUCCUCUCGCUUGCACUCUGCUCUCACUGCGAGUGCUAGACAAAUAUGCACGAAGAAAAAAACGCUCACGAGUCACGACCGACCAAUGCAACAGCGAAGCCCUCAGUCCCACAGAACAUCCCCUCGGACCUCUCCCUGCGGAUAUAACCGCGGUUCUGCCAAAAGACUGACACAAAGGAACGACGGAUAUGAAUUCGUUUUCAACAGGGAGCUGAAGCUGGACAGUCAACACGGAUGAGCCCUGUCUCACUCACUCCUCUUCAUGCCUCCAUGACGUGCGUUUCUCCUUUUUUUUCAGUCAACAAUUAAUCUGAGACCAACGCUCGAUGACUGAACGUGGUCCAUAUCUUUCACAGCUGUAACUGCUUUACGCGUUUUGAGAUCGGCUACCUGGACUUGACAAGACCGCACAGAAGCAGUGUUUCCGAACACCGUCCAACGAUUAAGACUUUUCUUGCGGAAAAGAGAAGCAUUUUGGUGACUCAUAGGCUACUCUUGAAUUAUUAGCUUUAUGUUGACUCUUACUGAGAAUUCAUGCGCGCCUGACUUCAAUGUGGGAAUCCUGCGUUUUUUGCAUUCCGCCUUUUGGAUGGUGAUAACAGCAAAUCCCGCGCUGGUUUCCCGCACGUUCUGGCAGUUAGUCGUUAAAUAGCUAUUACUUGCCUAUUGCCAGGUGUAUCCGAGAUGCCACAGGUGCAUGGUAUGGAUUUUAUAUGAAGCAGAUGCUCAAAGAUCACAUAUUAUUCAGUGUACGAAAUUGAACGAGUACAUGAUUCUGUAGAGUGUGUUUUUUUUAUCAGCUUGGAUAGAUAGUUGAAUACGGCUGUGAGGCGAAGUAAUUUACCCGCCUUCUGAACUGCAAACAACUUCAAUGUCCCUCCGCAUUCUGUAUAGCUAUUAACCCAGGCUGUAACACAAUGGACCUCAAAGUAGAAUCAGAAGAAAUGGACUGCAAAAAGCCACCCGCUAUUGAAGUUUUUGCGCACAACUCAACGCUGCACGGAAUUUCGCACAUCUUCACCUAUGAGCGAGUCUGCGUCAAGCGCUGUCUAUGGGUCGUGUUCUUCCUGGGCUCCUUGACUUUAUUACUGUUUGUGUGCGUGGACCGUAUACACUUCUACCUGGAGUAUCCGCACGUCACCAAACUGGACGAGAUCUCGACCCCGAUGAUGGUGUUCCCCGCUGUCACGUUCUGCAACCUAAACUUUUUCCGCUUCAGUCACGUGACGCGCAAUGACCUGUACCACGCAGGGGAGCUGCUCGCGCUGCUCAACCAGAGAUAUGAAAUUAGGGACACCCACCUGGUGGAGGACAGUGUUCUGGAGGCCCUGAAGGACAAAGCCGACUUCCACAACUUCAAGCCCCGCCCAUUCAACAUGCGCGAGUUCUAUGACCGCACAGGACAUGACAUCAAGGACAUGUUGCUGGCGUGUCACUUCCGGGGGGCCGAGUGCAGUGCCGAUGACUUCCAAGUGGUGUUCACUCGCUAUGGGAAGUGUUACACGUUCAACGCGGGGGGUGAGGGCCGCACCCCUCUCAUAACUACCAAGGGAGGGAUGGGUAACGGGCUGGAGCUCAUGCUGGACAUUCAGCAGGAUGAGUACAUCCCUGUGUGGGGAGAGACGGAUGAGACCACGUUUGAGGCUGGGAUCAAAGUUCAGAUCCACAGUCAGGAGGAGCCUUCCUUCAUCGACCAGCUGGGCUUCGGGGUGGCACCUGGGUUCCAGACCUUUGUUUCCUGCCAGGAACAACGGCUGAUAUAUUUGCCCCCACCCUGGGGGGACUGUAAGGUGACACGGAUAGACUCAGAAUUCUUUGAGUCCUACAGCAUCACCGCCUGCCGUAUCGACUGUGAGACGCGCUACCUGGUAGAGAACUGUAACUGUCGCAUGGUACAUAUGCCUGGAGAUGCCCCAUACUGCACCCCUGAGCUGUACAAAGAGUGUGCUGAUCCAGCUCUUGACUUCCUGGUGGAGAGAGACAACGAUUUUUGUGUGUGUGAGACACCGUGCAACAUGACCAGAUACAGCAAAGAGCUGUCCUUCGUCAAGAUCCCCAGCAAGGCCUCUGCCAAGUAUCUGGCCAAGAAAUACAACAAGUCAGAGCAAUACAUAGCUGACAAUAUCCUGGUUCUGGACAUCUUCUUUGAGGCUCUAAACUAUGAGAUGAUCGAACAGAAGAAAGCCUAUGAAGUAGCAGGACUUUUAGGUGAUAUUGGUGGUCAGAUGGGUCUUUUCAUUGGAGCCAGUCUCCUUACUAUUCUGGAGCUGUUUGACUACAUCUAUGAGGUGAUAAAGUACAAGCUCUGUCGAAGCUCAGAGAAGAAACACAAACACAGCAACAACGACCAGGGAGCUGUUCUGAGCCUGGACGAUGUGAAAUGUCACGUCAGUAACUUUCACUAAGCAUUUGCAGCUCUCGGAAGAAGGCAGCCAUAUUGCUUCAUGUCUAAACAUCUCAAUUAAGAAUUUCAUAUGCAUGAAGCCAGGUUGUUUUUGUAAAAGAAAAUGUGUUCUAAAUGAACGUACCUGGUGAGGUUCAUGAAUGUGUGUGUGGGGAUAUUCCUAGUUUUACCUUGCACACAGCAGGAUACAAGACAACCAAUCCAAUGAUCCACAUGCAUCCCUUAGAUUUCAUUGGCUAAUGUAAAUUGCUUUGCAACAGAGCAAUGGAAUUACCAAAUCAAAGAUCCAAAUAUAGAAAAGUAUUAUCUCCAAAACUGAAGUUGAUAUUUUUUUUCUGAGCAACAGUAUAGUUAAAAUGGAUAUCAAUGGAGUUUGUGGUGUUGUGUAUCAGCUUGAGAAACAUGUCCUCACCCCAUCAAUUUCCAUCAAGUUGUCUCAUCUAUAUAUUUUUUUAAAUCGCAAUCAUAAAAUCUUAGUGUCUAAUUUAAAAGGGUGCUUUCUAAAAACGUUUAAAGCAUAUCUACAAAAGGAUACACUUUUAAAUGUUAAAUGCAUGACUAUGUUGUCCCUUAACUCUGCUUUUCUCACUGGGUGUCUUUCAUGAGUUCACAGAGAAGGUAGCAUAAACACAACCACAUGUAACAUAUGGAUUUUCCUUAAAAUAUGUAUCAAAAGUCCAAAUGCACUCAUGACUACUGGUUUCAAUGACAUUUUCGGCCAACUUUACAAACAAAUACUUUAUGAAAUUAUUGUUACAAAUCAAAGUGUAAGGUUGCUAGCCAACUAGCCUAUUCAUGGUAUCACUACUAGCCUGCUAAUGUUAGCCCUACCAGCCUGCUAACGUCAUGUUAGCACAGAAUGAGUGAGACAGUUGCUAUCAACACCUAGCUUACUGCUACAUUAAAGUAAACCAACGUUUUGAAAAUACACAACGCCACCUAACCAGUUAUCAAAAUAAUGGUAGCUAUACAGUAUGAAGUUAUCUUAGCCAGCCAGGUAAUGAUAGCUAUUUAGCACACUAGCUAUUAGCCCAGCCAGCCUAGCCAACCACCAAAAACACAUCACCACUAUAACCGCAGAUUAAAAGGAAAGAAAGAG